AGUUAGCCGUAAGUGAAGAAACGGCUCCUCGGCGAAAUUGCCAUGAUCCGCGGAGGAAGGAACGCAGGGCUGUUAUCUGCAUCCUACCCUCGUUGCGAAGGUGAUAGGCCUUUUUCCUCUUUGCCAGCAGACUGCUGUGAACAUGCUUUCGGAGGGUAGCUCCUUCAUUAAAGGCUUGUUCCUCGGGAGCCUCUUCUGCCUGGUGAUGUCCACCCUGGUGAGCUACGGCCCCAGCUGGCACCCCAGCCAAGACUCCCACCUCCACCACCACAUCAAGGCGCCCAGCAAAGAGGAGCUGCAGCGGCUCUCCGAAGCCCAGAGGCUGGAGCUCAGCCAGAGAGUGCGGGUGUACUGCGCCAUCAUGGUCCAGCCCAAGAACUUGGAGCACUGGACCACAGCCAAGGACACCUGGAGCAAGCACUGUGAUCGGGCUGUGUUCUACAGCCCGGAGAGCUCUGCCACGUUGGAGGCGGUGGAGCUGCAGGAGCAGGACGAGUGGGCGAGGAUGCGGAAGGCCCUGAGGCACGCCUACGACCACGCGGACGACCUUCACUGGUUCUUCUUGGCUCGGCCCACCACCUUCGCCAUCAUUGAGAACCUCAAGUACUUGGUGCUGGACAAGGAGCCGGAGCAGCCCUUCUAUAUAGGACACGUGGCCAAGUCUGGCGAGCUGGAGUACGUGGAGUACGAGAGCGGCGUCGUGCUUAGCCGCGAGGCCCUGCGGCGGCUGACGGAAGCCCUCGGGGACACGGAGCACUGCCCAGAGCGCGGACACGCCCUCUGGAGGCUGAAUGAGGAGAAGCAGCUCGCCGAGUGCCUCAAGUUCCGUGGCGUGUUCGCUGAGAACGGGGAGGACACCCAGGGCAGGGGCCUGUUCAGCAGCCGCAGUGUGGGCUCCCUCAUCUCUGAGAGUCUGGCCCAGCGGCCGGCGGAUGUGCUGGAGAGCUGCUGCUCUGACAUGGCCGUCACCUUUUCAGGCAUGACGCCCAACCAGAUGCAGGUCAUGAUGUUUGGCGUGUACAGGCUCCGCCCCUACGGACACGCAUUCCACGACUCCUUAAUGUUCCUGCCGCCCGUGGGCUCAGAAAAUGACUAACCUUUGGGGCCUUGAGUGCAGAUCCUGCCUUCUGUGGACACUGAGCAGUACAGCGACAUGUCUGAUCAGUUAUAAGGCAAUAUUUACCACUCAUUUAAAAAAAAAAAAAAACAGGUACUGAAAUGUUCUAAAUGAUUCUUGUGAUAGGAACACACUUUGUCACUUAAAGUGACUCAGUUCCCCUUGGAAAUGUGGUGCUGCUAAGGUCCUAAGUGAUACGUGGCAUCAUGCCAGCCCUGUGAAUUAGCAAAUGUUCAAAUUAGUCAUUGCAUUCAACUUAUUUUGUGUUGCCCCUUAUGUUGGGUCGUGAUUCAGCUUUUCUUCCACUAAGGUACCAGAAAACCACGAAGAAGGCACUUAAGUAAAUUACUUUCACUUUAUAGACCUAUAGCUGCUAGACUCCUUCCCAUCUUAUAUUGCGAAAGUCACACUGAACGUUUAGUUUGACUUCAAGCUGGUUUCUGGCCGUUUAAGGGUGGAAACAAUUAAGCAGGUUUAUUGAAAAUGGUGAUUGAAAUAUUUACACAUAUUAUUACUAUUACUUUCCAUUUACGUAUGUGUGGUGGAGGUUGCUUAAAUCUCAAUUUUUUAAAAUGCACAUAAUGUGAAAGUACGAGGGUGUUAGAUUUUUGGGAACUUGAGCAAGAUAUCCGGUGAUGUGUGGGAUGCCUGCAGAGAUGGCACUCUGGGAUUUGCUGGGCCUCUGCAGUUUCCACUGGAUGGCAGUAUUCCAGUGACAGGAGGCCUGGGCAUACAGUGACCCUGUAAAGGCUGAGACAGCUUCCCCAACUGCAUACCGUGUACAGGAGCCGUGUUCAGGAGCCGUGUUCAGCUGCUCUGCUAUAACUUGUGUUCUGGCUGAAGUCAGGGUGACGCCGUUGCACUUCAGGUGCAUGUUUAUGCCGAGUGACUGAGGUGAGAUGCAGGGCUGUUAAAGAUAUUUAGGGGUUAAAUGUGCAUGUAGGAUGUGGGUAAGGGGUGAGCCCUUUAUUGCGGGUGGGCGAGUAUUUUGUAAGACAGCACCUGGGAAGCUGUAACAUGGUUGGUAUAGAUUAAAUUUAAAUCUGAGCUAAUUUUAACUGCAGUAGCCAUAAAGAAAUAACCCUUGAAACAAUUGACAUCUUAGCCUCUGUCUUAUCAAAUGUAUUCUGUUAAGUGUUUUGGUAUUUAGUGAAAAUCAUUUUGAAGAUGGAUCACCCGAUCCAGUGUUAUAGAAACAUUAUGAAAACAAUAUUCCAAGUCAUAGAGCUUAUAAUCGCGCACAUUUUUAAGUGACUGCAUCCUGUCAUCCAUUUCUCAAGUUUAAAAAAGCUUGUUUUGAAAAGACACUUAGGUCUGUUCAUAAAACUUUACCGUUGGCGUUUUCUAACCAACCUGCACUGUGUGCAACUUCAAGUAUUCACUGUCCAAUUACAAUUUUUUUCUACUGUGUGUAAAAGUAAAGAAAAUGGAUUAAGUCUGGAAAAGUGCUGAAGAGCAUUUCGUGUUAUCCUAAUUCCGUUUUGAUAUUAAAGCAUAUUUUUUAAAAAGUGA